AGCUACAGCUUCCCGGCCAUGCGGCGCCUCGGCAUCCGCCGCGGGGACGCCUUCGCCCUGGUCUACUCGCCCCACGAGCCGGGCUCCUUCGAGGAGGCGGAGCGGCUGCGCCGGGAGAUCGUGGAGGCCAAGCGGGACGCGCCGCUGGUGGUGGCGGCCAACAAGAGCGACCUGCCCGCCCCGCCGGGACUCGGGGGCGCGCAGCCCGGAGGCGCGCCGCCGGCAGAGACGGUGGAAAGGCUCUGGGGCGCCCGCUACCUCGAGGUGUCGGCCAAGCACGACCACAACGUGGCGCAGCUCUUCCGGGACCUGCUGGCCCAAGUCCGCCUGCCCGGCGGCAGCCUCAGCCCGGCCCGGCCGCCUCUCGGAGCGAUUGCCUUCGUCGUCGCGGACCUUCCUGUGCCGAGCUCCUCCGGGGGCGCUCUGGCUGCCCAGGGGGCUCACGGACUGGCCCCCUUGCCGAGGAGGAGGACGCCGCCGCCGCCGCCGCCAGAGCAAAGCCAGCGGGCGCUCGCCAGCGGACCUCUGCCUCCCGGGCCCUUCACGGCCAGAGGCUGGAGCGCAAAGGGAGGAGAGCUGCCUGUCCGGACUCUGAACAGACUUUGGCAUCAGGAGGACUGCCCCGCGUAG